UUUUAAAAGUGGUCACACUGAACCAAUGUUUUGGAAAUUGUUUUGGUUUUAAGCACGCAAAAAAUAUGGCAGAAUCCCCUCAGAUACAGAUAAAACUUGAGCAGCAAAACAUCAAGGAGCGAUUAAAUCUUCACGUCAAGCGACGCCUUCAACAGGACACAGAUAACCCCAUUGACAGUCCUGAUUUGUUGCUAAGUGAACAAAAUCUAAAACGCAACAAGGGAAAAGAGGUUCCCAAACCUCGAAAACCCUAUCAAAAACGCACAGAAAAACCCAAAACAGAAGCCACAAAGUGCAAGAAAGUUGGACAACUUGGCAGUCCGGCGGGGGAGACGGAUCCCUUGGACGAUCAGGAGCCGGACGGCUUUUCCCCUGAGGCGGCGGACGGGAAAUCGUCAACCCGAGAUCGCUAUAAGAACGCCGACAUACUCAACAUGGUGUUGAACGUUAAAAAACGUAUUAUAAUGCAGGAUCCCGAGGUCCAGGCCUUCUGGACCGAAAUAAUGUCUGCCAUCAAGAGCUAAGGUCAUUUAAAUCUAUUCAGGUUAUUCCUUUAGUCCUUAUUAUAGAUAUUUUAAUUUGUUUUUAUAUUCAUAGU